UGUUUAGGCGUACGCAAAACGCAGUGGUUGGUUUUUCUCCCGCCGCCCACAACAAAAAGACACAACCAACGAGGGAGAAAUGGUUACUGUUUAGGCGUACGCAAAACGCAGUGAUUGGUUUUUCUCCCGCCGCCCACAACAAAAAGACACAACCGACGAGGGAGAAACUUUUCAGUGUCAGGAUGAAAAAUUAUACUAUGCCCCGGUAUGGAAUAAUCUCUCGUCAGGAUGGAUACCAUGUGGUACUCGCUUGAUUUUCGAUGCGAUUUUGAACGGUUCGAAUUUUAAGAAAAAUAAAUAAAAAAACAGAGGAGGGUGAAAAGAGAGAGAAUGUUUCUAUUUGAAUCGUUCAAAAGUGCAUCGGACGAUUCGGAAGUGCCCAACGAACACCAUGUGUGAUAUACCGGCUCGGCAUUGUAAAAUUUCUCACCAGGAAGGACAGCACGCCACCACCACCACCUCUCUCUCUCUCUCUCUCUCUCUCUCUCUCUCUCUGUAGCUACACACUGUACAUAUACAUUUGUUACGCGUACGAUCAUCUACACGGCCAUACAAAAAAGAUUGCAUUGCCGUAAGCCUCUCAAAAUCGUCACCGUACAUGGAGCAAGCAGCCGACGCCGGUUAUCGGCCGACGAUUAUGGUGACGAACGACGAUGGAAUCGACGCACCGGGUUUGCAGGCUCUGGUCCGCGUCCUCGUCUCCACCGGUCGAUACGAGGUUCAGGUCUGCGCCCCUGAUUCGGAGAAGUCAGCUGUCAGUCAUAGCAUUACUUGGCGUACUGCUGUUUCUGUCCAGCAAGUAAAUAUUAAUGGGGCUACAGCCUUUGCAGUUUCUGGAACCCCAGCGGAUUGUGCAUCUUUGGGAGUCUCUGGAUCACUCUUCCCUUCAACGCCUGAUCUGGUAAUCAGCGGCAUUAACAUGGGUAGCAAUUGUGGUUAUCACAUUGUUUACUCUGGGACAGUAGCUGGCGCUCGAGAGGCAUUUUUUAAUGGCGUACCUGCUCUCUCUUUAUCGUAUGAUUGGGUUGGAGGUACCAGCAAUGUUGAUGAUUACACAUUGGCUGCUGAGGCAUGUCUUCCUAUCGUAAAUGCCAUGUUAGCAGAGAUCAAGAAUAAAACAUACCCUCAAAAAUGUUUUCUGAAUGUAGAUCUGCCAACAAAUGUUGCAAGUCAUAAGGGAUACAAGUUGACCAAGCAGGGGAAAAGUAUUUUCAAAAUGGGGUGGAACCAAGUUACUUCUGCUGCACAAGGAGGAAAAAUGUUGUCAACAAUGACAAUGGAGAAAAAUUCACCAAUGAGCUCAGAAAUGGAUGCCUCGACUAUGCCAAAAGAACAUCGUUUAUUCAAGAGAGAAGUAAGAGGAGCCGUUGUUGGCGAGGAUGAUACAGAUUACCAUUCCCUCCAAGAAGGAUAUAUAACUGUCACUCCUCUUGGUGCCUUAUCACACGCAGACAUAGAGUGCCAGGCAUACUUUAAAGACUGGCUGCCAGGUGUUGCUGAAUGCUUUUCUUCUUCAACCUUGUGAUGGACUGAGUUCCCUCGCUUUUGGAUUUAUGCAUGGAAGCUGGAAAAGGGAUUUUCUGCGUAAGCCAUGUUAAAUAAGGCCUACCUUGGAUACCCUUAACAUGGCAACACCGUUUGCCUGGUCAUUGGAUUGUGAGUUUUCACACUGUGGCCUUUGGUUAUCUGUGAGGAAUAUAUAUUAUGCAUUUAUGGAACUUUUAUUUCAUUCCGUGGGAAACUUUCAUUCCUGGAAUACUUGUACAUUUCUUUGUGAAACUAAAUACUAUUCGCGACUAAUUUGAAGAAUUAUUUGCAUUCCUGUUA